AAUGUUAGUAAAUUAAUCAACAGGGAGUGAAUCAGCAACUACUUCAGUAUAAAAAGCAUAAGAUAAUGAAGUAAAAUAGUGAUGUAUUAGUAGUAAAUGAAGAUAACAAUAUAUUAAUUAGAAGAAGAGAUUUAAGGAUUGAAGGGAUAAAUAAAAGUAAAAUAAUAAUGUAAAAUAGAUGUGGGAAGAGAAGUAUGAAGAAUAGGAACGAAUCCAUAAUAGAGAGAUAGUAUAAUUGAAGUGCAAUUUGGAUAAUUCUAUUUUUGAGGAUCAGCGUUGUGAUGAGAAUGAUCUUUAGGUUAUAUAGGAGGAGACAGAAUUUUAUUAAAAGAGUUUAGGUUAAUCACAAGUAAAUGGAUGUAAGAUAGAAGCAAAUAGUUUAUUGAAGAUUUUGGAUCAAAUAGAUAUGGAUGAUACGAUAGAAUUAUAAUGUGAUUAGGAGACAUUCAUAGUAUAUAAAGUAACCAAAUUAGUAGAGAUGAUACAAAAGAUGGAGUUAGAAUUAGAUGAUUGGAAACGAAAUUAUUGGAUGUUGGAGAAGAAAUUAAAUCAGAUAUUAUUAUAAUAGUAGGAUAAGCUACUGAAGUAGGGUUCUGAAGAGAUUGAAAUUGAAUUUGAUUUUGAUAAGAAGAAGAUUAUAUCAAAGAAUGAAGAGAGUAAAACUAUUAAACACAAUGAUGACAUUUAGGUAUUACUUGAUGAAAUUAAACGGCUAAAAUAAUUAAAUGCCGAAUUGAUAUAGCAGUAAAAGUCUAUGACAAAAUAAAUGCUUGAGCAAUUGAUAAUCAAAUAAAUGAAGAAUGAUUCUAAGAAUAGAUGUUUGACUUAAGUUAGUGAACCAGGAGUCAAGUAGUAAAUUGCUAUCAGAAAUAAUAAUAGUCAACAUUAUAAGCAAUUGAAUAAAUCACCUCAUGUGGAACCUAGAAACCACUAUUUUAGUCAAUAUUUUCAGGCUUAAUAACAUCAUCAGUAAUUUAGUAUGAGAAUUCAACCUCAAUCUAAUAAUUAGAAUUUGUAUCAAUCUAAUCAUUCAUAUGAACAACCUAAAACUUCUACUCCUACAAUGUAUGCAACUCCAGUGAUGAUAAAAUAUGCAAAUGGAAGUCCUUUCAAUCAAGCAAAUAAAAUAUUAUAAUUCUGA